UCACUCACCGGCGCCACCAGUACCGCCCCGCCCCCACCCACCCCACCUCCUCCCUCCUCUGCUCCUCCGCUCGCUCGGCACCGGGGGCCAUGGCGCGCGCCUCGCUGCUUCUCGCGCUGCUCGUCGCGGCGGCUUCGGCGCCGGCGGAGGGAGCCAGGGUGCCCGUGGACGCGGCCGGCAACGCGACGCUGGGCGCGCGGCGGGAGGCGCUCGAGAACGGCCUCGGCAGGACGCCGCAGAUGGGGUGGAACAGCUGGAACCACUUCUACUGCGACAUCAACGAGCGGGUCAUCAGGGAGACAGCUGAUGCAUUGAUCAACACCGGUCUGGCGAAAUUGGGCUAUAAAUAUGUUAACAUCGAUGAUUGCUGGGCAGAAUUAAACAGGGAUUACCAGGGUAACAUGGUUCCAAAUAAAAGAACAUUCCCCUCUGGCAUCAAGGCGCUUGCAGAUUAUGUGCACGGGAAAGGGUUGAAGCUGGGGAUCUACAGUGAUGCUGGGACACAAACAUGCAGUAACAAAAUGCCAGGAUCGCUCGAUCACGAAGAGCAAGACGUGAAGACUUUCGCAUCUUGGGGAAUUGAUUAUCUGAAGUACGACAACUGCAAUGAUGCUGGCAGGAGUGUCAACGAAAGAUACACUAGGAUGAGCAACGCCAUGAGGAAAUACGGGCAGAACAUCUUCUUCUCACUCUGUGAAUGGGGAAAUGAAAACCCUGCUACAUGGGCACGUGGCAUGGGUGGUAAUAGCUGGAGGACAACUGGCGACAUUGCUGACAACUGGGGCAGCAUGACAUCCCGUGCGGACCAGAACGACAGAUGGGCCUCCUACGCUGGACCUGGUGGAUGGAAUGAUCCUGAUAUGCUUGAAGUUGGAAAUGGUGGGAUGUCCGAAGCUGAGUACCGCUCACACUUCAGCAUCUGGGCACUUGCCAAGGCUCCUCUUCUGAUCGGGUGCGAUGUGCGAUCGAUGACCCCGCAGACAAAGACCAUAAUCAGCAAUCAGGAGGUCAUCGCUGUCAACCAAGAUCGCCUAGGUGUCCAGGGAAAGAAGGUGCAAUCCGAUGGCGGUUUGGAGGUCUGGGCCGGACCGCUCAGCGGCAACAGAAAGGCGGUCGUUCUAUGGAACAGGCAGGGGUACCAGGCAACCAUCACCGCACACUGGUCAAACGUCGGGCUUCCGGCAUCCGCGUCCGUGACCGCUCGCGAUCUAUGGGCGCACUCGUCGUUCUCCGCUCAGGGGCAACUAUCCGCAUCAGUGGGGCCUCAUGACUGCAAGAUGUACAUCCUGACGCCAAAGUAACUGUAGAUUCAGGGGAAGGGGUUUGCAAGGAAGGGGAUCGAUAGAGCCGAGCUGAGAUGAAUUGAGAAAUGCGAUUCGGUCACAUGAGGUUAGAAAUAAGCUGUAGCUGUAUGUAAAGUGCCGUGAAAUGUGUUUCUGAAGUUUGCAAGUUGUAACGGAAGUUGCAGCAAUAAAAUUUGGUUUCAUAGCA